AUGUUUAUCUCCCGACUCGCCCCAACGCUAUGUCUCUUCUUGCUCGGCUCUAUCUCCUAUGCAAACCCCAUCGAGUCUGUGGUCCUCCCGCUAGCUGAGGAUGUUCCGAUUCCUCCCUCUGAUGACCCCUUUUACCAACCUCCUCCGGGAUAUGAAGACGCUGAGCCGGGGACUAUCUUGAGGCGCCGCAUACCGCCUUUCCCUAUUGCUUUGUUCCGGUCUGUUCCGAUCGACCUCGCCGCAACCUACCAGGUCCUUUACCGCUCCUCAGAUACUUUUGGUGAACCAACAGCCACUGUUUCGACAAUCCUUAUUCCUCACAACGCCAACAUGUCGAGGGUUUUGUCGUACCAAGUUGUUGAAGAUGCAGCAUUCGUCAACUGUGCUCCGUCAUAUGCUCUACAGCUCAACUCUGAUCCAGGCGGUCUAUUUGGAACGAUCAUUGUGCAAAGUGAGUUGCUUCUCAUAACUGCUGCUCUCGAGAACGGUUGGGUUGUCACUAUACCGGACUACGAAGGUUCUAUUGCUGCCUUCUUGGCGCAUUGGCGUGCUGGUUACGCAACUUUAGACGGGAUUAGAGCUACUAUUGCGUCUUCUCCAUUUACUGGCGUAGACCCAGACGCGGUUAUAGGCCUCUGGGGUACGUCUGGAGGGAGUGUUGCGAGUGGCUUCGCUGUAGACUUACAUUCCACGUACGCUCCAGAGCUGAAAAUUGUUGGAGCAGCGCUGGGUGGCCUAGUUCCGAGUAUCACCACAGCUUUGCAAAGUCUUAACGAAGGGUUUGACGCUGGAAUAAUUGUCUCCGGCGUUAUUGGGCUUUCACAGGAAUAUACCUAUAUGAAACCCAUUUUAAGGUCAUACCUCAUUCCUGAACUUCGGGAUAAAUUCAUGAGUGCAGGCACAAAAUGCUCUGGGGCUAUCUCUUUGGAUUUCAGACAGGAGGAUAUAUUCAGUUACUUUAGGGGAGGGAAAGAGUCUGGUUUAUUUGCUGAUCCCAGAGUGAAGGUGAUUCUCGAUCAUAACGCUCUGCCUCAAGGAAUACCCAAAGCUCCUGUUCUAAUUCUCAAGUCAGUAAACGACGAGAUUAGCCCCAUAGCCGAUACAGAUGCCCUAGUAGAGAAGUAUUGCUCUGAAGGUGCAACUAUUGACUACAAACGAGACUUGCUAUCUAUACAUACCGUCUUGGCCGUUACUGGCGCUCCGGAAGCAAUCCUUUGGCUCAGAGACCGUUUUGAUGGAGUAGAAUUGGAGAAAGGAUGCAAGACUUCCACCAUCUUUAUGACACUGCUUCAACCAGGGGCCCUACAAGUUAUGUCCAAAGCUAUCAUCGAUAACUUGCUGGAUCUCUUGGGGAAGCCCGUUGGACCAAGGUUGACUACUGAGAUUGCGCAUAUUCCUCCUCUCUAA